AUGGCCGCCGCCCCCUCCCACCCCGCCGCGCUGCCCGGCUCCCCGGGGCCCGGGGCCCCGCCGCCGCCGCCGGGCGCCUUCGAGCUGCACCCGCCGCCGCCGCCGCUGCAGCCCCAUGGCCCCCCGCCGCCCGGCCCCGGGGUCUCCUUCCACAUCCAGAUCGGCUUGACGCGCGAGUUCGUGCUGCUGCCCGCCGCCUCCGAGCUGGCCCACGUGAAGCAGCUGGCUUGCUCCAUCGUGGACCAGAAGUUCCCCGAGUGCGGCUUCUAUGGCCUUUACGACAAGAUUCUGCUCUUCAAACAUGAUCCCACCUCGGCCAACCUCCUUCAGCUGGUGCACUCGGCUGCAGACAUCCAGGAGGGCGACCUGGUGGAGGUGGUGCUGUCGGCUUCCGCCACCUUCGAGGACUUCCAGAUCCGCCCGCACGCGCUCACCGUGCACUCCUACCGGGCACCGGCCUUCUGCGACCACUGUGGGGAGAUGCUCUUCGGCCUGGUGCGCCAGGGCCUCAAGUGCGAUGGCUGCGGGCUGAACUACCACAAGCGCUGCGCCUUCAGCAUCCCCAACAACUGCAGUGGGGCCCGCAAGAGGCGCCUGUCGUCCACCUCGCUGGCCAGUGGCCACUCGGUGCGCCUGGGCACUUCGGAGUCCCUGCCCUACACCAUGGAGGAGCUGAGCCGCAGCACCACGGAGCUCCUGCCUCGCCGCCCGCCUUCCUCCUCUUCCUCCUCCUCCGCCUCGUCCUACACCGGCCGCCCCAUCGAGCUGGACAAGCUGCUGAUGUCCAAGGUCAAGGUGCCUCACACCUUCCUCAUCCACAGCUACACGCGGCCCACCGUCUGCCAGGCCUGCAAGAAGCUUCUCAAAGGCCUUUUCCGCCAGGGCCUGCAGUGCAAAGACUGCAAGUUUAACUGCCACAAGCGCUGUGCCACCCGAGUCCCUAAUGACUGUCUGGGGGAGGCGCUUCUCAAUGGAGAUGUGCCGAUGGAGGAGGCCACAGAUUUCGCAGAGACGGACAAGAGCGCCCUCCUGGAUGAGUCUGAUGACUCUGGCAUCAUCCCUGGCUCCCACGCUGAGAACGCCCUCCGUGCCAGUGAGGAAGAGGAAGGCGAGGGCAGCAAGGCCCAGAGCUCCUUGGGGUACAUCCCCCUGAUGAGGGUGGUUCAGUCUGUGCGACACACGACACGGAAAUCCAGCACCACGUUGCGAGAGGGCUGGGUGGUGCAUUACAGCAGCAAGGACACGCUGAGGAAGCGACUGUACUGGCGUAUGGACUGCAAGUGCAUCACCCUCUUCCAGAACAACACGACCAACAGAUACUAUAAGGAAAUCCCACUCUCCGAGAUCCUCGCGGUGGAACCUGCCCAGAACUUCAGCCUCGUGCCGCAGGGCACCAACCCUCACUGCUUCGAGAUCAUCACGGCCAAUGUCACCUACUUCGUGGGCGAGACGGCCGGCGGUGCCCCUGGAGGACCAGGCGGCCAGGGGGCGGAGGCUGCCCGGGGCUGGGAGACGGCCAUCCGCCAGGCUCUCAUGCCUGUCAUCCUGCAGGACACACCCCACCGACAAGCCUCUUUGAGCAUCUCUGUGUCCAACAGCCAGAUCCAAGAGAACGUGGAUAUUGCCACCGUCUACCAAAUCUUCCCUGAUGAGGUGCUGGGCUCCGGGCAGUUUGGAGUGGUCUAUGGAGGCAAGCACCGGAAGACUGGCCGGGAUGUGGCGGUAAAGGUCAUUGAUAAGUUGCGCUUCCCCACCAAGCAGGAGAGCCAGCUCCGGAACGAAGUGGCCAUCUUGCAGAGCCUGCGGCAUCCGGGCAUCGUGAACCUGGAUUGCAUGUUCGAGACGCCCGAGAAGGUCUUCGUGGUGAUGGAGAAGUUGCAUGGGGACAUGCUGGAGAUGAUCCUGUCCAGCGAGAAGGGGCGACUGCCUGAGCGCCUCACCAAGUUCCUCAUCACCCAGAUCCUGGUGGCUUUGAGACAUCUCCACUUUAAGAACAUCGUCCACUGCGACCUGAAGCCCGAAAACGUGUUGCUGGCAUCAGCGGAUCCAUUUCCCCAGGUGAAGCUGUGCGACUUCGGCUUCGCGCGCAUCAUCGGGGAGAAGUCGUUCCGCCGCUCGGUGGUGGGCACGCCGGCCUACCUGGCGCCCGAGGUGCUGCUCAACCAGGGCUACAACCGCUCCCUGGACAUGUGGUCGGUGGGCGUGAUCAUGUACGUCAGCCUCAGCGGCACGUUCCCCUUCAACGAGGACGAAGACAUCAAUGACCAGAUCCAGAACGCUGCCUUCAUGUACCCAGCCUGUCCCUGGAGCCGCAUCUCCGCUGGAGCCAUCGACCUCAUCAACAACCUGCUGCAGGUGAAGAUGCGCAAGCGCUACAGCGUGGACAAGUCGCUCAGCCACCCCUGGCUACAGGAGUACCAGACGUGGCUGGACCUCCGGGAACUGGAGCAGAAGAUGGGCGAGAGGUACAUCACGCACGAGAGCGACGACGCCCGCUGGGAGCAGUUCGUAGCGGAGCAUCCUCUGCCCGGGCCCGCGCUGCUCUCUGACGGGGACUUCGGUGGGGUCCUCCAGCCGCAGGACCAUGAGAUGCAGGGCCUGGCUGAGCGCAUCAGCGUCCUCUGAGG